GAACAGAGCUAAGCCGAAUUUUCAUUGGCUGAUGAAUCCGUCCUCGUGCUUUCUGACCUCUCCUUCAAUCCCGAUACCGGAGGGACGCGGUUAAGGAAUACGUUCUCAAGAUCCCAGCCCCGGAGUAAGCUGUAUUAUAAAUAUUUUUAAUAGAGGUUUCACGCCUGAACCUUAUUAACUAACCGCAAAUAUGACAAUUAGAACCCUUCGAGAUCAUGGUCAACACUACCGACCACGGAUGGCAUGCCUCAAAAAGGUGGAGGCGUUUGUGGUGGAGAUGCAGGACCCUAAGAGCGGGGUGAAGGCUUCCGACCAGAAACUCAACAUCACCAGCAUUCCACAUGUCAUCACUGGUCAGGACAUUCUGGCUUGGAUUGUAACCAAAAUGAAGGUUACCACAGAAGAGGCCCAGGCGUUUGGGACGAUGCUUGUGGCCUACGGAUACAUUUACCCCCUCCAGAACCACAGGAAGUUGGUCCUUGUUGCUGACAGCACACUUUACCGCUUUCAGACUCCUUAUUUCUGGCCUGUGCAGAAGUGGCCUGCUGAGGACAUUGACUAUGCCAUCUACUUAGCCAAGAGAAACAUCCGUAAGAAGGGAAUGCUGGAGCCCUAUGAGCAGGAACAUUACAACAACCUACACAAAUGGAUGAACUACAAGUGGGAUUUCAUCGUCAUGCAAGCUACAGAACAGUACAAGGCCUCUAAGGAAAGAAAGAAGCCAGACCGGGUGGUUCUUGACUGUCAGGAGAGAGCUUACUGGAUAGUACACAGACCGCCACGCCGGACCCACAGUGGCAUGGACUAUGGUUUGGACCGCCUCAUCGACCCCAACGCAGAGGAGGUCUUAACCUACGAUAUGGUCAGGAGAACGAACAUAUUCCUCACACAAGCCCUGAUGAGGUCAGCUGUCAAAUCUUCUGUGUCCCUUACAGCCUUUGUCAAGUAUGUGACAACUCACCACACCCACGACCCGCUCUUGACAAACCCUGUCCCUAGCAAUCCUUGGAUAACGGACAAUGAUGAGUUCUGGCAACUUAACAUGAGAAAUGUGGACAUACCCACUAAGUUAAGUGUGGAACGAUGGGCUUUGAGCUUCUGGGAGCUGAUCAGUGACCAACGAGGCAGAGCUGACUUCAAGCUGUUCCUCAAGAAGGAGCACAGUGGGGAGAACAUGGCUUUUUACGAGGCAGCUGAGGAGAUGAGAUGGGGAGCUGCCACAGCCAUUCCAGAGAAGUCACAGUUCAUUUUUAACACUUUCCUGAAGCCUGGAGCCCCCAGGUGGAUCAACAUCGACGGUCGUACCAUGGGUCUGACUGUGAAGGGGUUGGACUGUCCUCACAGAUACGUCCUGGAUGCCGCCCAGACACACAUAUUUCUGCUCAUGAAGAAGGUGUGUGUUGUGUUGUAUUUACUGAUACUUUUUACCGUUACCUCAAGUCUCCAGUCUACAAAGACAUGCAGAAGAAGGCUCUGGUUCCAGCUCCUCACAACUUCACCGACGCCCAGUUGGAGGCCAACGCCAAGAACCGCAACCCAGGCAUCAGCCCCAUAGUGCUGUGGCAGCAGCAGGAGGCGGAGAAGGCGGCGGCGGCUGUCGCUGCCCGGCCCAUCGAUGUCAAAGCUAUGGUGGCCACCAACAAGCUAGACAGGAAGUAAAGAGACAACCUGCAUGGCAUUAUGGGAUAUGGAGUUUGGUCCGCUGAUCCAUUGAUGUAUUGUUUUCUGUGCAAGGUGUUAUAUAAGCUAACUUCUAUCCCUAAUCAUGGACUAGGGCUAGAUGUAGGCACACUGUUUAGAAUUAUUGAGUGUACAGCACAGGUGGCGGGGGUCAUCCUAAUGGGAGAGGAAGGGCUCAUAGUAAUUGCUGGAACAGAAUGAUUGGAGUCGAACAAAACCCACCGUAUUCUUGUUUAAAGAACUGUUCCACUGACUUUGUUCCAGACAGAACGACUGUCUGUCAUUCCCUCAGCAGCCUCCUGUGGUCAAGCCCAGAUCCAUAGUUCACUCAGGGAAGGGUUAGUUUGUUUCUCAACUCCAGUCCUGCCAACAACCCAUGUUUGUGUUGUAGCCCCAGACAAACAUACCUGAUUCAUAUCUGAUUCACAUGUUGAAUCAGGCAAGCCUGUAUACAUAAGUGUACAGCUACUGUUGCCAGUAACAAUACAAAGCAUUGAUCUGCUGACCAGAGGAUGAAAUGGCAUUUUCAAACUAAGCAGCUUGACAAGAGUUAGAUUUAAAGUAAACAGGAAAACAACUACGUAAGAAGUACUACUAAACGGUAUCUUCUGAAACAAUACCGCAACAUGAAUUUUCUGCUUUAUCUUCAACUUAAUACAACUGUUGCAGUGGGAAAUGAUAAAUGACAUUUACAAAUAAGACUAAAAUGUACCUACCUCAAAGAUAAGUGGCUAGUUACAGAUAAGUAGCCGUUAGUUUCCACAAAUUGCACGGAAGUAAUGCAAAAUGUUUUUUUGUGUAGGAGUCUUUCUGGUUUUGUCAUCAUUUGUUUUCAGAUCUGAGUUUAACCCUGAACUGGCCCAUCUGAUUCAAUUCAUUAAAGGCUUAACACUCAUUAGACUACAGCUGCAUUUAGACAAGCAGCCCAAUUCUGACUGUUGUUCACUCAUUUGUAUUUUGAUCACAUCAGAUAUUUUAACAUGUUGUUUUAGAGCAGAUCUGAUUGGUUAAAAGACCCAUUGGAUUGGCCUGUCCAUGUAAGGCAGCCUACUUGUGCUAGUACCGUUUUGUUAAACAUCUACCCAGUGUUAAAUAGCUAAAUAAAAUUACAAUCCAAAAAUGAA